AUGCAAUAUAAAAGAUGCAGAGAGACGUCUUUCAUUUAUUCUAUUACAAGUGCGGCAGUGACGUAUCAGCUCGCACGGGCGUGCGCCGAGGGCAUCAUCUCAACAUGCACGUGCGACUACAGGCAACUCCGGUACCCGAGUGUGGACCAGAGUGGGAAACCCUGGGAAUGGGGAGGUUGCAGCGAUAACAUGGAAUUCGGUCUGCGGUUUGGGAAAUCGUUCACAGACGGCGUUGAAAAAGGCAGAGACUUGAGAUAUAUAAUGAACAGGCAUAAUAAUGGCGCUGGACGCCUGCAUGUACAAAAUCAAAUGGAGAGAGACUGUAAAUGCCAUGGAAUGUCAGGAAGCUGUACAGUAAAGACAUGUUGGAUGAGAUUGCCAAAAUUUAGAACAGUGGGCGAUUUAAUAAAAGGACGAUUUGACGGAGCAUCGAGAGUUUAUCAAGGAAACCAAGGGGGCUUGGAACAAGGGAACUCCGGUCGAGGACGAGGACGGAAACCAAAUCUGCUUCCAGUCAAUGUUAACCACAAAGCCCCUAGUAAAAAAGACUUAGUUUACUACGAGGAUUCUCCAUCUUUCUGCGAAUACGACCCCAGCACCGGGUUCAAAGGAACGACGGGAAGGGAGUGUAACGCAACGUCCAUAGGGGUAGACGGCUGCGACUUACUCUGCUGCGGUCGCGGACAUAAAAGUGAAAGUUAUACUUCUCAAGAGAGAUGCAGCUGCACGUUUCAGUGGUGCUGUAAAGUACAUUGUGAGAUAUGCACGAGGGUGAAAAUAAGACACACGUGCAAGUAAGACAACAUGACAAUGCGUGUGUGUCCCUGUGAUUUUUUCAUUCCGAUUGCCAAAAAAACCCCGCAGCGACGGCGAAAAGAGAAAGGUGCUUAACUGUAGAACUGAGACGCACAAGACUUUACCAGAAGCUGAGAGCGUCGACAAGUGGAGUGCAUUAUUAUGUGAAACUAAUUUCGAAAUCAACGGGAUUUUCCUUUUUAAAUCUGCCAAUGUAAUGUUGACGAUUUUUGCAAGUGGCGACACAUGUCAUUGACUUCACACGAUCGCCGAUGUUUACCUCGAAAUGGCCACGUACUUUAGAAGUCAAGGGAGUGUCAUAAGCAUAAACCAUGGCGGCGUAUAGUGCCUUAAGUACCAUCGUGCCCACCAAACCAUUUCACCUCAAACGAAACACAGCUAAAAUGUUUUUACGAAAAGGUAAAUCGAGUACAGAAAAUGAUGUUGUGGUUCAACCGUUUAUCAAGUACUUCAUUAACCUCCUCUGUUUCUCUAUAUCCUGUUAUGUGGAGAGGAAAAAAAAAAA